UACCACUUAGUUAUACAGUUAGACUGUAAGUAGAGUCGAUACCCACAGCACACCGCGGUCACAGCGCAGGUGGCACAGUGGAUUUGCAAUCCGUGUCUUACUUUUCUCGUUUGCGUAAUGUGCUUCAGUGUGAUUGCACAAACACUCUGCACUUCAUGGAAUCAGCAGUCUGUAGUAGCUGAAGCGGAGCAGUCAGUCGGCUGGAGGCCGCUUAAAAUGUAGAAGCGGAGCAGGAGGGCUUAUCGUCAUGUUUGGCUGCUGUUGGCCAAUAGUUUGUGUUUUCGUGGUGGUGAGUGAGUCUCUGCGUUCAGUGCACGCAGGGGGCUCGUCAGGGCGGGGUGGCUAACCGGAGGAAGACAAUAGGCCAGCUGCAUAAAGUAACCAGCAUUUGAUUAGACAACAGCGGAAGUUGCCCAACUUUGCCACAAAAAUAAAAGGACUGGGUAAUUCUUUUUUGCGUUUCUAGCCCUCUGUUUACCUUGAUCUGAUGGUCAAAAUGUACACUCCACUACACGUAAUAUAUGCUGUGGAAGUUAUUAAGUUCUACAGAUGUGAAUCACAUAAGUUUCUUACCAGCUCUAUACAGAACUUAAUUAGAUCAAUUGCUUCUCUUGUUUUUAUGGUGGGGAUUGGACAACAUCUUUUUGCAAACCAAGUGUAUCUGACUAAAGCUGUUUGAGAGAGGCAAACAAAAACUGGAACAGCCCUCCACCUUGAUCUAAACUGCAUAGAAUAUAGGCAUGUAGACGUAGCUUUGUACUAUUCACAGUUCAAAUUAACUCGCAUUUAUCUUAGUCUGGCCCUUGAGAAAAAAGGAAGCACCCAAUAGUACCUCGAAACUUUGGUCAUAUGAGGAUCUGCCAUAUAAACAGAAAAUAAGGAAAUACAUGAUGGGCCUGCUUUAAGCUUUUGCCAUUAUUUGGAAGCAAAACAGCCAAAUAAUCUUCGGUCCCAGCUACUUUAAUUUGUUUUUGCUAAUAAUAAAUUAAACCUAUUUAUUUGGUCAGACAAAUCAGGUAAUGAUUUGACUACUUUUAAAAUAUUAAAACAUUUCAUAAACAAAACUGAAUAGUUUAUAUCAUUUUCAGAUUUACGAUCAAAUUUCAUUCACAUGAUAUGUGAAGGAAAACUAGCAAUGACUAACAGCCACUGUGUAGGGUUAUUAAGAGCAGAAAAUUAUUUUGCAAGUAAAAUAUUAGGUGCAAAAAAUGUAAUUGGAACAGAGCGGGCACUGACAUUUAUUUUGAAAUUAGUGACCGGAAGUCGCCGUGUUGCCGUUGUUAUUCGCGCGAUAAUGCUGUGCAGAGCCUGCGAAGGAAAGCGAGCUGGCUGCCGAGGAGUGUCGGGGAGUGAUGUUCCAGAUAUUUACCUUUUCCGCUUUCCUGGAUCAAUAUUAGCCACACCACCGCCAUGCCGUAGACACAGCGCCGGGGGUUUCGAUGAAGCCUAACGGGGACUGCAGCAGGGAGGACGCGGGGCGGCUGUAACCUAGGGAAGAGGAGGAUGUACUGGGCUGCUGGUUUCGCCUCUUCCCGGCCGUGUGUUGUUGAACUGGGGCGGAAUCACAGCCUGCCCAUCGGGCUGUGCGGCUCCGAGCAGCAGCAGUCGUUGUAUGGCUAUAUCAUCGCCUUUCCUCUGCAGGAUUACGGAGGCAUCAUGUCGGUUUUGGGCUCGGACUCCUGGUGGAAGAAGACCCUGUACAUCACCGGGGGGGCCCUGCUGGCUGCUGCAGCCUACCUACUGCAUGAGCUGCUCGCCAUCAGGAAGGAGCAGGAGUUGGACUCCAAAGACGCCAUCAUCCUCCAUCAGUUUUCCAGGCCAAAGAAUGGUGUGCCCAGCCUCUCGCCCUUCUGCCUCAAAAUAGAGACGUACCUGCGGAUGGCGGAUCUGCCCUACCAGAACUACUUUGAUGGGAGGCUAUCGCCGCAAGGUAAGAUGCCCUGGAUCGAGUACAACCACGAGCAGGUGUCGGGGUCAGAGUUCAUAGUGGACUUCCUGGAGGAGAAACUGGGCGUGAACCUCAACAAGAACCUCACCCCGCAGGAGAUAGCCGUGUCCCGCGCUGUCACCAAAAUGGUUGAGGAACACCUCUACUGGACAAUAGCCUACUGCCAGUGGGUGGAUAACCUGGAGGAAACGCAGAAGCUGCUGGCGAUGAGUGGGCCUCUGAGUGACACGCUGAAGUGGAUGCUGAGCCACCUGAAUGGCGGCAUAGUGCGGAGGGAGAUGUACGGCCACGGCAUCGGACGCUUCUCCAAGGAGGAGGUCUACACGCUGAUGGAGAAGGACAUGAGGACACUGGCCACUCUACUGGGAGAUAAGAAAUACUUCAUGGGCUCUAAGAUGUCAACAUUAGAUGCUACAGUGUUUGGGCAUCUAGCUCAAGCCAUGUGGACUUUACCUGGAACACGACCAGAGCAACUUAUCAAAGGAGAGCUGAUCAACUUGGCCAUGUUCUGCGAGCGGAUGCGGAGGAGGUUCUGGCCCGAGUGGUUUGUUGAGGUGGAGGAUUUUUACUACGACGGAGACAGCGAGAGCAGCAGCGGGGGCACCCCCACGGGCCUGCUGGACUUCGGCCUCUUCUCCAGGACUGACACGCUGGACGACAGCGAUGGCAGCAGCCACUCAGCCGGACGCACGCACACACAUUCCCCCGACUCUGACCGCUCGCUAUUUGAUUCGGACGUGGGCACGGGGUCUGACAAUGAUGCUCAGUUUAAAGAGGAGUCAAUGCCAGACCUGGAAGUUUGACCUUGGCAGACUGAGACUGACCGAAGGCUGGAACAGUCGGUGCUACAGGCUGCUGUGUGGUUUUGCUUUAAUAAAUCUGGCUGGAACGAUGUGUCCAAGCAACAGCUCGCACACGGCUGAAAGAACUAUUCCAGCUCCUCUACCUGUAAUGCCCAGCAUGUUACAACUUCCCAGUGGGCAGACUGGACGUUUGUAUGCAGACGAUGCAAAAUAAACCUUACAAAACAUGCAACUGUACAGUCAGUUCCCUCCCGUAACGUCAGAACUGUCCCUGUGACAGUUCCUCUUUGCCUUAUUUGUCUCAUCCUAAGAUGCAGAAGCUAGCGCGAAAGGUUAACACACAAAGGAAGCAUCUCACGAAGAGCGCGUUGGCAACAGAAGAGUGCUACAGACAUGACAGGUGGCACUUCACUUGCUAUGAAAUGAUGCAACUAAUCACCACUCUGCCGUGUGUCAUAACGCACAAAACCACUGAAACAGGUGGAGAUUAAAAAAGGAACAGCUGCCAUGUCUCUGCUGUUAGCCAUCCGUGUGCCGAGGAGUAAACACAGAUGACAUUGAGCAUCAGUCCGUGCAUUAAGUUGACCCUAAAGUCAUUUUCCUCAUGCUCCCUCAUGCUUCUGUAUGUGGUGAAAAAAAAAAAGUAAUUCAAUCAUUCUGUCUGAAACCCCAGAUACACUUACUGUAUAGGCCUGUUGAACGGAAAUCAGGAGGUAAGAUUUGUGCCUGUUUCUUCUGCAAGUUAUCAUCCUAUUUUCUGCCCAGUAAGUCAUUAUCUGCCUGCACUUUGUUAUUGUUGAACUUGGAGAGUUGGGUUGUUUGUUUUUUUUUUUGUUGUUGUUGUUGUUGUUGGUGUUUUGUUUUCGUUUUUUGUUUCUUCCAAACUUCUUAUGGUCUUAUUGAGGAGCUGCAGUUCUUGUAUUUGACCACUAGAUGGAGUCAGCAGUCCGCCUGUUGCCUUCUACAUCAAGGUCACUCCAGCCUAAGGACCUGCAGUACAUUUAACACAAGAAAUUUCCACUUCUUUGCUAAAUCUCCCAUUCAUACCUAACAUGUGUGUGUGCAUGUGUGAGAGAGAGAGAGAGAGAGAGAAAUACUGCAUACUGCAACUUAGCGCAGCAACAACUCACCCUCAGCACUCAGAACAUUAAAACAAAUGGGUGAAACUCCUCUGCGACAGUUUUUUGUUGUGAUAUAAUUUAUUAUCAGUGCCACUUGAUAUUAUUCUUUCUAUAGUAAUUUAUUUUUUGUUAAAUAUAUACAUAUAUUUAAUGUUAUUUCUUUUUCUUAUUGCUCUCAAAGAGAGAUCUUAAUUUGCACUAGUGGAAAUUUAAUUUUCACCUCAUUUCAGUCGGAGGAGUCAGCUGUGAAGGCACAGAAUGGAGACUGAAUGACGCUGAGCGUUACGAUAAAGAUCAGGCUGCAGUGGACUGUGCUGCUCAUGUCGGCUGCGCGUAUGCGAAUGUUACCGGGUGUGAAUGUCAUCAGUGAAGCAGCUGAUAAAGUGUUUGCAGACCGGACUGAGUCAGAAUACCAAAUGAAAAGGAAGCGACUAUAGCUCGGUGGAAAAUCUUGAUUAAAAUGUGGACCAAAGUGUCUGGGCCGGGGGGAGCGUUCGUUUUUGUCUGUCACGUUAAGCUCGCUGGAAGUGCUCGUAAUGGAAAUGUGAUGGCUUUAAAAACUGACUAUGGUACAUAAAAAGUAAGUGUGACUUGCAUUAAAGGGUCUACAAACCCUGAUUAUAAACCUUUUUUCUUUCUCCUCACGAGUGGCACUAAACCCUGCAGAUAGUUUUGUUUUGAAUUCUCCAGGCUUGGAGAUGUCUCUCUUCUUAUUUCACUCCACAAGAUUAAUGGAGUUUCAUUUUAAUUCCUGGAAAAAUUAAAAAAUCUUCAUUCAAUUUGCUGGAUAGAUGGUCAGAGUCAAAUUCAUUAGUUUCAGUGUCACAAAAAGAAGAAUAAAUAAAAAGUAAAGGAACCAAAAUAUGAGAUAUGAGAUGGUUAAUUUAAACACUUAUUAGCCUAGAGUCUUACAGUGCAAACAGCUUUCAUAGGUUAUAUUCACAUGUUGGCAAAAAAGGCCCAAACCAGAUUCAUUUGUUAAAUACCACUCGUGUUUCUUCACAAAAGCACAAAUCACAGGAAUCUGCUUUCUUUUUUUCAAUUCUUUCAUAUGGAGCCCUGAAAUGCAGUUUGUUAUUCAGUGAACAUCAGAAUCCAACCACUCCGGGCUCCAACGCUGCCUCCACGCCUCUAUAUGAAGCUAGGAGUUACUGUACCACUGUACCGUCCUCUCUGAUUAGCCGGCCUCUUCUGCGCAUCAACUUAAAGCGAAUGGCAAACAGAGUUUUUCGGCAUCGUGGCCGUCCCGUGUAAAAGUACGAUGCAUGGGACGCUGUUCCUUACACAUGCAUCUCACUGUGUUUCUGUUAUUGGCUAAGAGAGGAAUGCAAAAAAAAAAAAGUACCAAACAAACUGAUCUGAGGAUUAAACCAGAAUUUUUGCGCAGUGGCUUAGAGUGCGAACCCAGCCUUUAGAAGUCUGUCACAAAAAUCAUUUGACUUGUAAAUCAUUCAAAUCAUCUGUUAAUGUUAAAUAUUAAAGCUAGAUGAUCUUUGAUUUUUGCAUGUUUUCGAAACAUUUUUGAACAUAUUUUACCUGUCACCAAAAAAUUGAGUCUUUUUUGAGCAACUAUCAGAUUUCUGCAGAAUUAUUUAAAGCUGUUAGUAACUUCUUUUUUUUCAGAAAAGGAUCACAUUAUUUUUCUAAAGUGAACAGAGUCGUGUUGCAUUUUUCCCUCAGAUCUACAAAGAGGCACAGCAUCUCUCCGGUGAUUGUUUUGGUUGCGCAGGCUGCAACUUAACUGCUUUUUGUAAAGUCUCACUGCUCUCAUUAGUGUCAUUCUCAGAAGCAGCUGGCAGCUUUUUAGCUCUAGACAAACUGCUUAGCACCAUAUGACACUAAUAAUGACGGGAACUUGCUGGUGAUCAUAAUUGAGCUUAUUUAGCAAGUAAAGAGCUAAAAUUUCCUUCAGAAGUUGGAGACCAAACCACUGAUAAAUUUGAGUGAGUACUGUAGACAGCCAGGAAUGCCAAUUGAACAACAAUGCUCUAAAUCUCUCUGAUGAGCAAGUGUAUAGAGAUAUAUAUAUAUAUAAUAUACUGUUAGCUUACUGGAUUAAUAUUAAACAUGUCCACCUUUCUAAUAAUGAGUUUAUGUUGGUAAUCUGUGUGAGCCAAAAGCUCAGGGUUCAGACUGCUCUUAAUGCUCCGUUUUAGACAUUUUUUCCACUCUUGGCUCUCACUGCGAUCAAUGAGGGGUUAUCCCUAAUAGCUUUGGCAGUGGGAACAGAAGCCGACCCACCAGCUGUUCAAACCUGUUGUUUGUGAGAGGCACCCAAUCAGAAGAAAUUUGUUUUUAAUGUAUAAGAGGUAAAAGAGCUUGUUUCGGACAGAGGCCGGACUGAGGGAGGCACUGUAGAAGAUACAUAAGGUUUAUUUUUAAAACUAUUAAGUGGAAGUGAGAGCGGCAGUUCACUUUAAAUAAGAAAAAAAAUCCAUCCAUUUCCAUCCUUAUGAAGUAAAAGUUGAUAUCUCAAAACCUGGUCAGGGAAAACCAAAACUGUCUGCAUGUCUGUGUAUCAUCUGAGGAGAUGACUUUAUGGGUUUUUUUUGUUUGUUUCGGGGGAACAAUCCUGGGUAGGUGCCCAAAGGCCAGAGAUGAACUGAGACUCAGGUUGUAGAAACAACCUUCUUCCAUCAUGUCGUCCUGUGGUUUGCAUUCCGACCUGAUCCGCACCAGCCUUGGUUGUGUGCUUCUCAGUCGCCUCAUCCAGUCUGGGCAUGAUAUUACAGUACAGUUGGACUGCAUUAAUCAAGCCAUAUUAAAACUAGUUGUCUUGUUAUUGGAACCACGUCAUAGCGUUUGCUGCUGGUGUAAUGUAAAUAUUGUAUGUGUGACAAAGUGCAUCAUACUGUAUGUAGAGCUGACUGACUGAUCAAACUACCUGUGGCAGUCAUACAAACUGGAGUGACUGGAUGAUUUCAAUAAAGACUAGCUGUGACAAUUUUAA